AUGGGUCUCGAUGGCCCAGCACAUCUAGCAGAGGAGAUUCCACAGCCUAAGCGCUUUCUCCCCCGCAUUAUGAUCGUCGUCAUCCUCAGCCAGUUUGCGAUUGGUCUUGUUUGGAUUCUUGUCCUGGGCUUUUCUGUCAAAGACUUGGAUGCCAUUGUUGCAACAUCUACUGGAGUCCCCGUGCUCGAAAUCAUCCGACUCGCUAUCGGCAGCCGGGCGGCAGCAAUAGUGUUCUGUUGCAUUCUACUUGUGAACAUGGUCGCAUCAUCUCUUGGCUCGGCCAUAACGAUGAGUCGUCAAGGCUAUGCCUUCGCCCGAGAUAAUGGUCUCUUCUGGAAUGACAAGCUGGUGCAUUUGUCUCCGAAGACAAACCUUCCUGUGUGGUCAAUCAAUCUCUCAAGUGCUAUUGUCUUUGCUAUUGGUCUAAUUUAUCUUUUCUCCCUAACCGCAUUCAACGCUAUAAUCGGCGCACAAGCUGUUUGCCAGAUAAUCAGCUUUGGUGUGUUCCCCGGCUUCAUUCUUGUCCGCCCCUUUCUUAACAAAGCAACAGGGUUUCCCGCACUCAUGCUUCUGUUGACCAAAAGAUCCAUGCUCCCUGCGAGUCCUCGCUGGGACUUUGGAUUCUGGUCAACUUCGGUAUACAUUGUCGCUGUUCUCUACUCUAUGCUCGUUAUCAUCGUGGCAUUUAUCCCGCAAACCCAUCCUGUAACUGCUGACACUAUGAACUAUACUGUCUUGAUCAUGACAUGCUUGGCUGUUGCAAUGAUUGCCGGAUGGGUCUUCGAGGGUCGCGGCAAGUUCACCCCUCUCAGGAAUUUCGAUCUAGAUUCAGAUGUCCAGGUGAUCGAGGGCUUGGAAGAAGAUGUUGAGCAACACGAUCAGGAUAAGCGACAAAAGGCGCAGGUCACAGCUCACGAUUAA